AUGUUGGCACGCGCUUCUGGAAUCAUCGUCUUGGCCCUGGCUAUCCUUGCAGUCUAUCGUUACGGAACUAUCAAUGUUGUCGACGUCGCGGAUUACAAGGCGCGGGCAGACAGGAUCCUGAGACGCACUCCGUUGAUCGACGGGCAUAAUGACAUAGCGUAUUUAUUUCGAGUUGAGCUUCAGAAUAAGAUUAAUGAUGAUAACAUCUUUACAUUCCGUCAAGGUCUCGCCAGCCAUACCGAUCUCCAGCGCAUGAGAAAAGGUCGCGUAGGAGGGCAGUUCUGGUCCGUUUUUGUCGAGUGCCCGGCCCUAGGGCACCUCGACGACCCGAGCCACAGCGUGCGUGACACUCUUGAGCAGGUAGACGUGGCCAAGCGCUUCAUAUCCCGGAUUGACGACCUGCACUACUGCGAGACGUCUUCAUGCGUACCGGAGGCCUUUAAACGAGGCAGGAUAGCCUCUAUGCUGGGCGCAGAGGGUCUUCACCAGACCGGGUCAUCCAUCGCCGUCAUCAGACAGCUCUUCGACCUCGGCGUGCGAUACAUCACCGUGACGCACAACUGCGAUAACCCGUACGCCACGGCCGCCUCCACCGUCACCAGCGGCGGCGCCGACGGCGGCCUCACCGAGUUUGGCGCCGCGGGCAUCAGGGAGAUGAACCGGCUGGGCAUGAUGAUCGACCUGUCGCACACGUCGCACCGAGCCAUGCGGCAGAUCCUCAACAUGACGACAUCCCCCGUCAUAUUCAGCCACAGCGCGUGCUACGAACUUGCCCGCAGCUACCGUAAUGCUCCGGACGACGUUCUGGCGAGGCUUCCGUCCAAUGGUGGUCUGCUCAUGGUCAUGUUUGUCAAGAGGUUUCUCAACGCCGAGAAUCCGGACGCUGCCAAUAUCGAGACGGUUGUCGACCACAUCAUGCACAUCGUCCAGAUAGCCGGAUGGGAUCACGUCGGCAUCGGAGGUGACUUUGACGGCACCGUGACCUUGGCAGAGGGGAUCGAUUCCGUCGCGGACUACCCGAAACUCGUCGAGGCAGUCAUGCGCCGUGGAGCGACGGAUGAGGAUGUCGAGAAGCUCCUUGGUGGGAACCUGCUACGGUAA